AUGUCAACAGCAUCGAAUGCAAACUUUGAACCUCUUGUGGUUCUACACUUUUCGAAUGCUACACCUGCUGCAACAAAAGAAUGGGUUAUUAAUCGAUUAACUGCUAGUCAAAAUGACAAUGACGGUGCUGAUUUACUUGUCCGAUAUGAUCCUGAUCCGGAAAGUCAUAAUAAUAUUCUUUUAAUUGGUGCUACACUUCAUCGUUUAUUAGUGGGUGCUGAAGAAUUACGAAUGAAGAAACCUUAUAAGAACAAAGCUUUACGUGAAUUUCUCAUUUCGGAUAUUAAUCAUUUUGAUAAUUCACAAAAUCAUGAUAGUUUCCUAUUGAAAUCUGAAAAACAAAGAAUUAUUUGGGAAGAAAUUCAGAUUCUUCGCCCAGCCAAGGACGAAAAUUUCGUUCCAGGUGUCCCUACCAAAGCCAUAACGCACGAAAAUGACACUGUCCUUAAUCUUCUGGACAGUCUCGAUUUUCUCGUCAGUGCGUUUCCGUUACAUGAUAAAGAAGACAUCAAAUUAAUUGAACGUGAUUGGUUUAUGUCCAAAGAUGCUUUAUUUAAAUCACAAGAUAUUCAUAAAGUUCGAAAUUAUUUUGGUGAGAAUGUUGCAUAUUACUUCGCAUUCUUGGAAUUUUACACCAAAGCACUUAUACCGACUGCUUUACUUGGUCUUGUUGUAAGCUUUUGGCCAAGUUCAGAUUUUUUCAAAUAUUCAUUAUUCUGUAUUUUCAAUGUUAUUUGGUGGAGUGUAUUCAUCGAGCGAUGGAAACGUUUAAGUAUCAAACUUGCUUAUGAGUGGGGUACAAUGGAUUUACAAAUCUUUGAACGGCCUCGAUCCCUCUAUCACGGUGACUUACAACUUUCACCCAUAACAAAUCAAAAAGAACGUCGAUAUCCGAAAUGGAAACGGACAUUAAAGAAAUAUUUGGUCACCUAUCCAAUAGUUAUGUUGUGUUUGGCUUUGUCAUUAUGGAUCUAUUUUGCUUAUUAUGCUGUUCAACAGAAAACGGAUAAAAGAUAUCCAUUGGAGGCGACCGCAAUUCUUCCGACGGCGAAGUUAAUGCGCAUGGUUCCAUCAACUGGAUAUUCGUUGUUGAUUAUACCAAUGAAUCUCAUUUAUAAAAAAUUAGCUAUAUUCAUGACAAAUUAUGAGAAUCAUCGUCUUCAAACGAGUUAUGAAAAUAAUCUAACAUCGAAAUUGUUUGUUUUCUAUUUCAUAAACUGUUUCAUUGGACUUUUCUAUGAAGCGUUCUUCAAUGCAAAUUACGGCAACGUCGCUCAAUUACUAACAGUGUUCGUCAUCAUCAACGCAAUUUUGUUAAAGUUCACAGAACAGAUUGGACCAUACAUAUUCAAACGUGUUAAAAAGAAUCAAUUAACUCGACGAGGUUCUGUUGAUGUCAAAGUGAGCGACGCAGUGAAACAAGCGAAAACAUUGACACCUUUCGAAGGAACCUAUACAGAUUAUUUGACUAUCUUUGAACAAUAUGGUUAUGUCGCUUUGUUUUCCGCCGUAUUUCCUUGGGUGACAAUUUGCGCAUUGAUUAACAAUAUCUUUGAACUUCGUGCUGAUGCUUUCAAAUACUGCUAUGUUUAUCAACGUCCAUUUGCUCAACCAGCGUGGAAUAUCGGAAGUUGGCAUUAUGCCUUCGAUAUUUUAAGUUCAGUAGCCAUUGUUACAAACACAGCUCUGAUCGCCAUGCAACCUUCAGUUCGACAAUACUUCUCAUCAUAUACUGAUGCUGAGUAUAUUCUAUUCUUCGUCGCUGCUGAACAUGUUCUUCUUGCUUUGAAAUUUGCGAUUAGCUUUGCUAUACCAGACAUACCACAUGAGGUUCAAAUUGCAAAAGCGAAGAAUCUCUAUGAAUCUAAUAUGGCAUUAAGACAUGAACGUGAACGAAAAGCUUUGAAAGCUCAAGAAUCAUUACGAAAGAAUUAA